AUGAAUGGGGCAGAGCCGAAGCAGACCAGCAAAAAUUCUAAAAAAGGUAAUAGCAAGCGGUUGAGUUGGCAAGGUCACAAUGAGUCACUGCUACUACGUACCAGUACACGCAACCACCACGCAACCAUCGCUUUAAAAAUCCGCAAGCCGUAUAAUAUGUCAGGAGGCCCUCAACAACAGGUGGCGACAUUGCUGGAGCGUGGUAUUGGUAUCUGGCCAACUCAACUUCCACGCGCAGAUGAUGGAUAUGAAAAUACCUCGGUCCGUGUAAAAGAAAUCGAUGACCCUGGGCCCGCAACAUACGGGAAUUGGCAGGAGUUGGUCCACCCGUUGGGUGGUACCUAUUAUUAUAACAAUACCAAGAACGCGUUUACACCAAUGAACCUAAGGCGUUAUCUAGGUCUACAUCAUCUCGAGGAUUUUAUCGAUGCGUCGCGGGCUGCAGUAAAUGAAGAUACAUGGAUACUUGUCGUUCUCCCAACAAUCUUCAUGGGAGAAGAACGAUUUCAAUACUAUUACGUGGUCCCCGACCAACACAUCAUUGCUUGGCUAGAAGAUCUAAAUGGCGAGCUGCUAUUCGGAGAAUGUAUUCAGACAAGUGAAUGGAGACAUAAGAGGCUUGAACUCGAGGCUCAAUACUGGAAACACUUCGAAUUUUUCCCCCAUCAGUUCCAAAUGGACACCUCGCAAGUGAGACGCAUACAAAGAGAACUUUUCUGCUACAUUGGAGGUAAGCCUAUAGCGCUGCAGCGACUGACAGAGUCACCUGAGAUAAAAAUAGAAGCCACAAUUUUGGGACAAUCUUCUGCCGCUUCAAUGUUCUGGACUAUCGGCCAGAUGGGUCAGGUUGGUGCACAUUUGACCACCAUUGAAGGCCUUGUCGAUAAUGGGAUCGUAGAAGAAACUGGCGUGGUAUUCUGUUAUCGUGUAGGGCACCACCAAUUUCUGAACCGUCACAACCAACCCGAAGCUCGCCUUAUUCGAGGCCAUGCAGUGAGAAAGAACCAUAGGACGUGUAAACUGCUUGUUUUCAUGGGCAACGCUGCAGCUAUGGUGCUUUGCAUGCCCAUCACGAUUGAUCGCAUCAAGAGUACUUCCGUUGAUGGUGUCUUGAAUGGGGUGGAAGUUAAUUCAUUUAUCAACGAUUUCAGCAGUCAAGCGCAAGGUCAAAUCACCCUGGCAGGAGUCUCUAUCGCCAUGGAUAUCGCCAUCCUCGCCAUUCCAGGUCUAGGCGCGACAGAGGCCUCACAAGUUAUAUGCUCUUGUGCUUUACUUUUUGGUGUCGGUUGUAUUUUCGCGGGCACGAUGUUAUAUUACCUGCAACGUAAGACAAAGAUGUUCAUCGUCAUUACAGGCAUACCAACUUCUUUCUGUGUACUGAGAAUUACUGGCAGUGUAACGGGUUCCAUUCUCGGGUUUCUCUCAGGUGUCGCCACAGACUUCAAGCCUUCUGCGCCGGUAAUGAUUGCAUCCCUUACUACACUCGGCGUUGUGAGCACAAAUAAAGGUGAACGAGGACCAAAACUGUCCGUGAAAAGACGUUUAGCCGUCACAAUGGACGCAGAGCGAACCCCACAGAGAUCUACUCUGAGGUUCUGGCACGUAACAGUGCCAACAAACCACUGCCUCGCGAAUGAGAUGAGGAUCAGUGAGGAUCCUGUCAUUUACGGUCAUGACCAACGAGGAUCUGCUGGCGGGACUGUUCCAGAGACUAGGACCCUCGAUCCGGCGGUCCCGCAAUUGAUAUUGAACAUGGGCCAAAAUGUUAUUCUACAGAUCCAACAGUACGCUGGACGCUGGGCCAUAAGAGGCAUUGUCACUGUUGUAUUCACCAAGGCUGUAUACGUUGUUGCGCAAAUCAGCAACUUUGAUGGAAGUGCGCUCUGUCCAAAAUCUGGAUUGGGCAAUGGCAAAGCGCACUCCAUUGUGCAGACGGCCGGACACUGA